AUGUGGUUUCAUUCUCCAAUGGAAGGGGAAACCAACCAGCCUGAACUACAAUACUUCGGUGGGCAUGAGUACAGUGUGGCCUUGGAAAAUGCCUGCCUUUGCCUCUGGUUUCACUCAGGGGUGAUCUCCGAGCUGAGAAGGGCUCAGGAGCCCAGCAGAGUGAAUCAGCUGGGUGGGCUCUUUGUGAAUGGCUGCCCUCUGCCUGAUGCCAAGAGGAGGAAGAUUGUGGAAAUGGCGCAGUGUGGGCUGCGGGCUGCUGACAUCUCACGGCACCUGAAGGUCUCCAAUGGGUGUGUCAGCAAGAUUCUCACUCGCUACUAUAAGGUGGGCAUUGUCCAUCCAAAGGCAAUGGGAGGCCGCAGCCCACGGAUCUCCACCCCUCAGCUGGUUGCCCGGAUUGCUCAGCUGAAGCAGGAGCAGCCAUCUCUCUUCGCCUGGGAGAUCAGGGAAAAGCUGGAGGCAGGAGGCAUCUGCGCUGCAGGCAGGACGCCCAGUAUCUCUUCCAUCAACCGCAUCCUGAGACGCCUGGAAACCCCAGACAGAUUCCUCUUUCCGCCGAACCCCCCGGAGCCAGGUCUCCCCUUGACAGGAGAAAGGAAGCGGAUGAGUCCGGCAGAGGCACCCAUCUCCCCAUCCGAUUCCCAGGAGACAGAGCGGGCGGCUGGGCUGCCCAGGACUCGGAGCAGGACCGUCUUUUCUAAGCAGCAGUUGGAGGCCUUGGAAAACGCUUUCCAGAAAAGCCAGUACCCCAAAGCCACCCCCCAGGCAGAACUGGCUCAGACGACUGGACUGCCGGAAGUCGCCAUCAGAGUUUGGUUCUCCAAUCGGAGAGCGAGAUGGCGACGGGAAACCACACAGGCAUGGAACUCCAGUUCUGGGCUGAUGCGGGCAACCCCAGGUACUCACUUUGGACUUCAACAGAUGAGUCCCACCAAUCCGGUUCCUCCUAGAAAGAUGCUGGCACAAGAUCUGCUGGCACUAGGUUGGCACACAGGCCUAUGCCCGAGGCCUGCCUGGAAACAGAAGGUGGCACCUGCACUGAGGACACACCAGUUGCCACCCAGCUGA